CUCGAACCCCGCCGGAGACAAAUGUUCCUUGCUCCCUCAGUCCCUAACCUUUGCUCCUCACAGUCAUGACCCAAUGACUGACCAAAUUAAUACUAAUAUCAACUAUCCGCUUUAUUCGGAGGACCACCCCAAAUAUGGCAGCACAAAGAACGCGGUACCCACCAUCGUGGUGCCGGAAGAAGCACACACCAAGGUCGCACCUCAAGGACUAGGUUUGGACAACUUUGCGUCCGACAUUGCUUCUAAAUAUCAUGCUCAACAACGUAAUGUACGAAAAGUGUCGAGGGCAGGACCCGACUUUAGAGAAUUUCUGGCCAAACGCAACCAAAGACAAGACUCGCAGGCGACACUUGUUGACUUUACUCGUCGGCCAUCAAGGACGAAUGAAGGCAAAUUCAGGUUGCAGGUUACCACCGACGAUCAGUUUCCAGUCAGUCCUCUGAGACCCGGAUCGUCGCGUCGUGGUUCGGCGAAUUCGCGACCUGGAAGUUCAAGUGGACCUACUAGUCCACCUACUAGUCGUCCAACAACGCCAAAUCUCAAGGCAGAAUCACACUCGCCUCGUCUUGGUGAUGGUGAAUGGGGUGCUUUCAACUGGCGACCAGGAAUCAAUCCCGUCCAACCUGUUCAUAAGAAGCUUGAGAGACUGGACUCAGAUGCUACACUCGUGGAUACUGGAUCAUGGCGACGCGGCUCACGUCCAGGAUCUCGCUCUGGUUCUCGCUCAGGAUCUAUUACCGAGGACCCUUUCAGAAGAAAGUCCGACUUCUCCUCGUUAGACGCAAUCCCUGUCACUAGACUUCGCCAGCCAUCAUAUUUCCAACCGAUAGUUGAGAUUGAUCCUUUUGCAGACCAAGACCAUGGUCCGUUGAUUGGAGGUGUGAAGUCCUUGGACCCCAAUCUUGACCAAGAAGAGGAAAGCAAAACUACUGAGCCGGAAUUGGCAGUCGCUGCUCCUGAAGUCAUCACACAGGAACCAAAAAGCACGCAUCAAGAACACGUUGUGCCUACAACACAGGAGACUUUCGUUACCGACACAUACCCGGAGAUCGCGGACCCGGUCGAUCCAUGCCGCAACUUGACUCGUAUGGAUCUGAUCAAGCAGCGUGUGGUCUUUAGCAGCAAUGUCUUCGCCGUCAACUUUGCCAUGCUAGUCUUUGCGCUCUGGGCCCCAAAGGCAAUUUCUGGAAGAUGGGUCCUGUCAUUCAUCGUUUUCAUCAAGUCCAAGGAUUGCAUAUCAUCUAUCAUCAGCUGCGCAUACCUGAUCUACAUGGGUAUCAGAGACCACUUCUGGCCUCCGCCGCCAGUAGAGUCCAAGUGGAUUCUUUCUUUGAUCCCAGCAUACUCGGAGUCAGAGGAGAUGAUCAAGAACUGCGUGUUCUCACUGCGCGACAACGACGCUCAGCCGCACAAGCAGGUCAUGUGUAUCAUAUUGGACGGCAAGCCGAGAGAUGUGAAGCAGUAUAUGAGAAUCACUACCACCUUCAAGAGGCACUACGUCACAUCAAGGUUCAAGCGUAACGAGCUGGUCAUCACUGCCGGGUUCAUGGAAGACGUGCCGGUCAUUGUCUUUGAGAAGGUCAAAAACUCUGGAAAGAAGGACUCGCUUAUCUUGUGUCAUGACUUGUUCAAUAUCAUGCGCGAAGAUGCCCCGCUAUACACGAGACUACUGCGCAAGGAGAUUGAGAAGAAUGUUCUGCCCACGCUUGUUGGCGAAGACUUUCCUGGCUUCGACAUGGUCUUCUGUACGGAUGCCGACUCAGUCAUUCACAAGGGUGCUGUUGCUGGGCUUGCCAACGCUUUGGUCCGUGAUCCCAAGGCUAUCGCAUCGUGUGGUCUGGUGCUGGUUGAGCUAGAAGCGGGUGCUGAAUGGUCUUACUGGAACCUCUACCAGCAAUUUCAAUACAACUUCGGUCAGUUCGUCCGCCGACAAGCGGAAAGCGUCUGGGGCAAAGUCACAUGUCUUCCUGGAUGCAUCACUAUGGUUGCUGUGCGACCAGAGAUGGCAGGAGCCAUGACCAAAUACGCAGCCCCAAUCACCGCCUACCCUGUACUCUUACACCAAGUCCAAUAUCUCGGCACCGACAGAAGGCUGACCUACUCGAUGCUCUCGCAGAGCAAGGACCUGCAUACACUGUUCGUACCAGGCGCCGUCAGCGAAACGGUGGCGCCACAAUCACUCAAGCACUAUCUCAGUCAAAGAAGACGCUGGGGUAGCAACGCAUAUUUCAACAACUACUUCUACUUCUGCGGCGAGAACAUGAUCUGGAUUACACGUCUAUGGGCGUGUAUUGAAGUCACUAGACUCAGCCUAGUAUAUUACCGCGUCGCCAACACGAUUCUCUUCAUCUACGGACUUGUCAGCAGCUUCAACCUCAUGUCAAUCAUCCCGCUGCUGGUCGUCUCGCAGCUUCCGACAAUCUGGUUCCUCAUCAACACAGCCACCAACAAGCAACUCCGCCAACGAGCACACAAGAUCUUGCUUGGGUUGGUCAUCAACAAGUUCAUGGCUCCUGUCAUGUCUGUCGCCGUCUUCACCAUCGUAGUCAAGAAUCUUGGCUCCCAAGCAUGGGGGCUGACCCAUGGCGCGACGACCGCAGCGCCAGCCGCCGUUGAGCAGGCAGCUGAGAACGAAAAGGCGCAAACAGCUCAAGGACUUCUCGAAACGUUGCAACCUCGCAAUGGAUCAAUCAUGUCCAUCAUCACCGAGGAAUCAUCCAUCGGGAUGAACACCCCCAAAGCCAACUCGAUAGCAAGUCGAGACAGAGAAGGCGAGUCGGAGGUCAAUGAGAUCGAUGAAGACGAUCCUAGAGAGAAGAUCGUGAGCCAUCUCGCAGCAGGACUGUGAGGAUGGCAGGCCCAAACCGGAAGCCUUUUCGUUUUUCCUUUGUCAUUAUUUUUUCUCCUUCACGAUUUAACGAAUGAUGAGUUACGAGAACUAUACCAAAACAGCAUCAAUAUCAACAUGCAUAUUUUCACCUAUC